UUAGUACGAAGCCGAUCCUGAGCAUGUUCAGAUUAGCGCACCGCAGAUCACGCGUCACAUCUCGCGAUGAAUGAGUCCACUUGACGCUCUCAGUUCAGCGAAGGAUCGUUUGCUAAACGAGUUUCUUCUGAGAGAGAAGAUGUCUCUGAAAGAAACGGCUCAGUCUUCCUCCAUCAUCCCCCUGCGUUCUGACGAACAUCAGCAGAGCAUUCUGAGCAAAUUCGACAAGCUACGGAAAAAAGACCUGCUUUGCGACAUAACUCUAGUGGUAGAGGACGUACACUUCAAGGCUCACAAGGCUCUGCUGGCGGCCAGCAGCGAAUACUUCUCCCUCAUGUUCACUGCAGAGCAGCCGGUCCCGCCGUCCACCUACAGGCUGGACGGCAUGGCGGCGAAGACGUUCGGCGCGGUGCUGGAGUUCAUCUACAGUGCCCAGGUGUGCGUGGAGGAGAGCUCCACGGUGGAGCUCCUGGCCACGGCGCAGAGGGUAAAGGUCAGCGAGCUCGUCCGCGUUCUCGUUGAGCUCACAGACUCCACAGGCAUGAAGGACGAGAAGACGUCAGACAGAACCGAGGCAGCAGACCCGUCGAAACGUAAACGAGGGCGGCCGAAGAAGAGCGCACGUGGACUCCGUGACGGCUCAGAUGAUGUCCGGGUCGCAGAGGGUGACCCCGCCGAAGACCACAACACCGGAUCUGACCAGAGGCGUCAAAGCAAACGCAAGAUAAGGACACCGGUUAAAUAUAAGGGCUACAGGAUCAGCGGUGACGGGGCAGAAAGCAAAGAGCCGGCGAGGAGGGGCUACAAGAGGAAGUACCCCAACACUGAGGCGCGAUGCGACGACUGUGGGAAAGUCUUCAAGCACCAUCUGUUUUUAAAGAUCCACCAAAGAAUUCACACCGGAGAGAAACCGUUCCACUGCUCGGUCUGCGGGAGGAGCUUUACUCAGAAGCACACCUUGCUGGCUCACCAACGCAUUCACACGGGGGAGAAGCCGUUUGUUUGCGGCAUCUGCUCAAAACCGCUCUCCACCAAACACUCGCUGCAGGAGCACAUGAACCUCCACGAAGGGGAGAAAUCCUACAACUGCGACCAAUGUGAAAAGACCUUCACUCAAAAGAAACAACUGAAAAGCCACUACAGAGUUCACACAGGCAAAUCAUUGCCAGAAUGUGAUCUGUGUCAACACAAGUUUAUGGAUGCGGCUCAGCUGAAGAAGCACAUUAGAACUCACACAGGUGAGAAGCCUUUCACUUGUGAAAUCUGUGGCAAGUGUUUCACAGCCAAGAGCACGCUGCAGACGCACAUCAGGAUUCACAGAGGUGAGAAGCCAUAUAAAUGUAGCAUCUGUGAGAAGUCAUUCUCAGACCCCAGCGCGAGGCGACGCCACAUCGCCUCCCACUCUGGGAAGAAACCCUUCACCUGCUCCUUCUGUGGCCUUUCCUUUACCCGGCCGGACAACCUGAAAACGCACACAAAGUCUCACAACAAGGAGAGACCGGCCGCCACGGAGACCGAAGCCUCGCCGGCCGCGCCGCCGCCGGAGGAGCCGCGCAACGUCCUCCAUCUGCAGCCAUACCAGCCGGCGCUCAGCUCUGACCAGGAGAUCCAGCUGGUGGUGGCGGGCGGGGUGAACAACAUCAACUUCGUUCCAGGUCAGGAUCAGGAGAUCAGCCUGGUCGCCGCCGACGGAGGAACGGCGCAGUCGGCCCACUCCAGGGUCACCCUCCUGGCCCAGCCGGCGGGGCAGAUCCAGAACCUGGCGCUGGUCGCCCAGGGAGACGCUGCGGCCCACGCCCCGCAGGUUCACUCCAUCGGCAUGUUGGAGCGGCACCAGCCGGAGCAAAUGCACGUCAUCACCCUGAGUAAAGAAGCCAUGGAGCAGCUGCAGGCCCAACACGGCCCACCGCAUCCUCUGCAGAUAGCGCGUCCCCUCCAGGUGAUGCAGCAGCCGCAGCAGCUGGCCGUGGCGCAGGAGAGCUCGCAGGUUCACAGCCAGGCCAUCCACAUCAGCAGCCAGGUCAGCCAGCCGAUCUCCAUCAGCCAGACCAGCGAGCAGCUCUCCAGCCACCACAUCCAGGGCCAGACGUUCCAGAUCCAGGCGGGAACCGUGUCGUACCUGUACACCACCGGCCUCCCCCAGGAUGGCUCAGAGGAAUGCCUUCUGCAAACUAAGAUGUGAAGGUGCUCACACCAAACCGAUGCUGCUGUCGUGGUGGUCGCUCUGGAUGGAGACGGAUCAGAAAGUUGGCCAGACCGGCCAGAACAAAAACAAAAUGGAGGAUUUUAAGCAUAAAACAAAACAUUUUACCUGUUUAGCUCAAUGAUGAGAAUAAUGGGGAGACCUUCUUAAAUGUUAAGAUUACACUAAAAGAAUGGAGACACCUAAACCUAACCAAUGAGAAGAUUACCACAGGGCGUCCCUGCACCCUUAAAAAGUCUUAAGUUGAUGUAUCUAAAAUGAAGGCCUUAAAAUUUUCAUAAAUUUAUUGACAAACUUUGAACUGUGAUGAAAUAAUUCAUCGUCUUAAAUUUUGUGGUGUCAGAACAAUUUAUCUCAUAUACACCAUGGAGUUUAUUUUUUUCUUCCAGGACUUUAUUGUUACGUAAAACUGAUUCUUGUAGACAUUUCAUUGCGUUCUGUGACUCAGGCUAGCUGCUAAUAUACACUUGCUAGCAACUACCUUGCUAGCUAGCUAGCUAUAGUAUCAGUACAGGAUGCCUAUUGUCAAGGGAUUGCUAGGUAGCUACCGUCACAGUUCCUAGCUAGCGAGCAAGGGGUUAAGCUAUCUAGGUUUUAACAUCCAUCGUGGGGAAAUGCUGGAUGAUGUCCGUCUUAUCCAUUGACUGACUUCUGUUCCUAAACAAUAUUGUUUAUUUGUGAUUUGAUUUUGUACAUUUCUGUCUUGAAUCAGGUCUUAUAUUCCAUUCAUAAUGGUUUUAAAAGUAUGAAACCUGCAGAAACCCUGACUUAUUAAUUUAUGUAAUUAAUUUGAUUACUUCCCCAACAGUCACAUUUUGUGUUGAAAAUGAAUCGAUCAAUUUGGCUAAUGAUCCUAAGUAUUUUCUUUUUUUUCUUUAAAGUUGUGAUUAUGCCGAUGUUUUAAAAGUUAAAGGGCUGCAUUUUGUUUCAAACUGUCAAGGGGUUGUUCUUGGUUUUAUAUACAGAUGGUGUCAUUUUCUCAGUUGUAAACAUAAAACAAACAGAUAAACUAAAGAAUGCAAUGGCAGAACUCAGAACAUAAAUCUUGUGUGGAAAAAUGUUCAUUUGUAAGAAAUAAUCGGAUGUGAUUUGAAAGACAACACAAAAGUCUUUAUAGGACAAUAGUGAUGCCAUAAAUUGAUAAAUUUAAACACUAUAUUAAAAAAUGUAUGGAAGCAAAUAUGUGAAAGAAAGAUAUAGCUUGGAAAUGAAUGAAAUGAAAGUAAAAUCAUUGUACAGUGCCUUACAAAAUAAUUCAUGACCUUUUUAUAAACACGAUCACCAUUGUAUUUAUUGGGUUUAUGUGAUUGACCAACUAAAAGUGGUGCAUAAUUGUAAAGUGAAAGAGAAUUCUUUUUUUUUUUACUAAUACAAUUCUGAAAAGUG